UAUUGUAAAUAUCCUGGUAUGAUCCCAUGCUGAUGUUAGCUAGCUGGUGCUGCGAUAUCUUACAUGCAUAUAUACCCCGUAAGAAAUCUUAUUUCCUCACACUCUCCCAUCUUUUAAGUCCUUACUUGCAACCCUAAAGGUCUCUUUAAGAGUCCUGAGUUGCAAGUCAUUGUGUCCUGACUUGCAAGUUGUAGGGUUAUUAUCUUUCCCUUGAGCUACCUAGCUGUUGGAGAUCGAGCUGGGAGAGAGAAAUGACUAUUAAGCUACAGGGAGAUGUUGAGCAAGGUGAAAUCAUUGGCCUUGAAGACUUGGAAAAGCCAUUGAUCUUGGGGGAGAAAAUUGUUGUGAUUAAUGAUGAUAAUGAAACUGAUCAAGAUCAAGAGAGUACUGGAUCCAUUGGGAUGGUUUUGCUAUGCACAUUUGUUGCCGUUUGUGGUUCGUUUGAAUUUGGCUCUUGUGUGGGUUAUUCAGCUCCCACGCAAUCUGCAAUCAGGGAAGAUCUUAAUCUCUCAAUAGCUGAGUACUCUAUGUUUGGCUCUAUAUUAACCAUUGGUGCAAUGCUUGGUGCUAUCACAAGUGGCCGGAUUGCAGACUUUAUUGGUCGGAAAGGGGCAAUGAGAAUGUCAGCUUGCUUCUGCAUCGCAGGAUGGCUAGCAGUCUUCUUCUCUAGAGGACCUUUUUCACUUGAUGUGGGAAGGAUUCUAACAGGAUAUGGCAUUGGAGUUUUCUCUUACGUGGUUCCAAUAUUUAUAGCAGAAAUAGCACCAAAGAAUCUCCGUGGAGGGCUCACCACAUUAAAUCAGCUCAUGAUCGUUACUGGCUCGUCCACUGCAUUCUUAAUUGGAUCGGUUAUAACAUGGAGAGGACUAGCUCUAACUGGUCUUGUCCCCUGCAUUUUCCUGCUUGUUGGUCUAUGUUUCGUUCCCGAGUCUCCCAGAUGGCUGGCAAAAGUUGGCCUCCAGAAAGAAUUCCGAGUUGCACUGCAGAAACUACGUGGAAAAGAUGCUGAUGUUACUCGGGAAGCUGCUGAAAUCCAAGUUUACCUUGAAAAUCUUCAAGCCCUUCCUAAAGCUAAACUUCUCAAUUUGUUCGAAAGCAAAUACAUCCGUUCUGUUAUUAUUGGAGUGGCGUUAAUGGUUUUCCAACAAUUUGGAGGAAUUAAUGGCAUUGGAUUUUAUGCAAGCGAAACCUUUGCUUCAGCUGGACUUUCUUCAGCAAAAAUCGGAACCAUAGCAUAUGCUUGCAUUCAGAUCCCAAUAACCAUGCUGGGAGCAAUUUUAAUGGACAAAUCUGGGAGACGACCACUUAUGAUGAUCUCUUCUACUGGAACAUUUCUAGGCUCUUUCUUGGCAGGAACUUCUUUCUUUCUCAAGGGGCAGGGCUUGUUGCUUGAGUGGGUACCAAUAUUAGCCAUCGCAGGAGUGCUGAUUUAUGUAUCAGCAUUCUCAAUCGGAAUGGGAGCAGUUCCCUGGGUGAUCAUGUCUGAGAUUUUUCCAAUUAACAUAAAGGGGAUUGCUGGGAGCUUGGUGGUGCUAGUGAACUGGUCGGGGGCCUGGGCAGUUUCUUUUACCUUCAACUUUCUCAUGGACUGGAGUUCCUCAGGUACAUUCUUGGUGUACUCGGGAUUCUCAGUGCUAACAGUUCUUUACGUGGCCAAGUUUGUGCCAGAAACCAAAGGAAAAACACUGGAAGAAAUCCAGAAAAGUAUCAAUUCAUAGAGACUAGAAGGUUUUGAAGGUUGAAGGGAUGCUUGAUCAGGAGAUUCUGUGAAAUUGUUUUGUGAUUUUGACUCAACCGCAGUCCCUAUUCGGAAGCGAAAAGGCCAGAUUCUUAACAUGGCAUGAAGACAUCAAUUCUUUGGGAUGAAUGCAAUAUUCAAAAAAAAAAAUUAUAUAUUUUUUAUAUAUAUAUAUCAGGAAGUAUAUAGAUCCAGUACUGGUAGUCUGGUAUCUUCUCGUUUUGACAACUUUAGAUGGAUGUGCUUUGUGUUUUGACAAAUUUUUAGAAAUUAACUUAAUCAAGUUCUUGUUUGAUUUUUUAGGUCUAGAAAUAUAAUCAUUGUAUUAAUUAUAUUCUAGUUCUUAAUUUCUAAAUUAUAUUUUAUUCAA